AUGAUUGACAAAAGCAAGAUCAAACGUUUGAUUAUAAACAUUAUAUUGGGAAUGUGUUGUCUUGGUUUUCUAAGCACAGUACAUAGUGUCUCGGAAAGUACGCAUGAUCUUCAGCCUGAUGUUAACGUGUCGGGCCGUGUUACAAGCGAUUUAUCACCAGCUGAUAAGAAAGACAACGAAUUAAUACCAACGCGCAGACAUCCAGGACAAUUAAGUAGUGAUAGUGAAGAGAGUACAAAGGGCCAAAUGGCGGGUAGGUCUAGGAGCUCUAUCACACCAUCCUCCUUAUCACUCAGCUCGUCGGGCAGUUUAGUAACAAGACCAAGAACACUUAAUUUACCAAAUCAACCAAGUACACCUAUAUCCACACCACCUCCAUCUACUUCACAGCCAUCAUCACCUACAAUGCCUACACCCCCAUCACCUCCAGUCGCAGGAGUCGCACCGCCGACUGGAUCUACUUCACAGCCAUCAUCAACUACAAUGCCUACACCCCCAUCACCUUCGGCCGCAGGAGUCACUCCGCCGACUGGGCCUACUUCGCAGCCAUCAUCACCUACAUCACCUUCGGCCGCAGGAGUUACUUCGCAGACUGGGCCUACUCCACAGCCACCUACACCUGUUAAAGACCCAAAAGAAGUCUUCAACGAAAGAUUGGUCAGUUGGUUGGCCAAGCAGAAAGCAAACAAAAUCAAAGUAGACCUAGAACUCGAGGAUCUUCAAACUAUACUAUCCCAAUGGAUAGGCAACGCCCCUGAAGAGAUUGAACAAAGUGCAGAUAUAUUGAUAGCAACCAACUACUUUUUAAAAGAGAAGUUCCCAGCCGUAGUUAUAAUCUUUGACUUCAUUACUGGCCGGCUAACCCAAGAACCUAAGGCCUGGCCUGGGAUAAAUGAAUAUAAAGCCGUUAGGCAGGCAUUAGUGACAUAUAUGUCUGGCAACACCCAAGAAUUUGACCUAUUGCCUAACCAAGACCGGGCUAUCACCGCUAAUACUAGCCCGGCCAUUAUAAAGUGCUUGUUGAAAACCAUGAUACCAAUGCUCUACAUUGGCAUAGGUCCACAUCUAAGCCCAAUGCCUUUAACCGAACAACAACAGAAGGACAUACACUCAACGUUUAUGGAUGCCUUCAAGAUGUACAGCGACGCUGCCGCGAGCAUCACCAUCAAUCCUGAUUCUUACUGCCUUAAUGUUCUUAACCUACUACAAACCAUAUACUGCCUGGGAAUACUGCCACCCAAUCGACCCCGUGGUGCUAAGACUAAUGUCCUCAAACACGCACCGCUGCGAUACAUAGACAAGAUAGAUCCUACGGUUAUUCCCACAAGGGAGCUUAGCAACUUAGUUCGGGCACUCUGCCAUAUCUAUCAGAAUACCCCAGCCACCAAACACUACAUUCACUCAAUCAUUCAGCCAAGUCCAAUACUACACACAAUGGAUAUCCGUGACAACCUAGCCAGCACCGAAAUAAGCAUAGAUCUCCAUCCGCUAAUCAUGAUAUUAAAUAAGUGCCACCUAAUGAUAACUAAGCUAAACCCUCCUUCGCAACCAGCUAAUCCCAACCAGCCAGCCUUUCGAUUGUUUAUUACCAAAAAAGGCAAACUACCACCAACAGAUCCCAAACUGCUUACUCAAGUAGAGCUGGCCAACAUCUUUUUAUCCAGCAAAACCCAGACUAUUUAUGUCCAGGACGACUGUGCUGACGAUUUCAAACUCGCUGAGUCGCGUUUAAGAGAACUCUUUGCCUACUUCUCCAUCCCACUUAAGUUCAUAGGCUUACAGAUCGAUGACGAUAAAGAAACAAUAAUCCCGCUUGAUAAACAGCCCAAACCCAGCGAAAUUGAACGGCAGUUUUUGGUAAAUCGCAUUAUAGAUUGGUUCGUUCAUCUCCUUGUCUUUGCUGCUGCGGCGGUGGCUAUGGCUAGUGCUUUUUUAUACACCCUCACUGCUCUGUCCAUUCUUAUUGCCAUUAUUACAAUCGUUGGCUUUAUCCAGUUGAUGUAUGCCAAACACCAGCCUCGAACCCGUCAAACCAACCAGUUUAUUCUUUUCAAAGCUAUUAUAAUCGUGUGUGUUGUUCUAAUAACCAACUAUGUCUAUCAACAUUUGGAUUCAGCUGACUUGGCCAACAACCCUAAUAUUUUAAUCGACCCGCUCUGGAUCCUAAUCUACACUAUCGGCGCCUUGGUCACAUCUUUGAUAGCACAGCACUUCCCAUUGUCCGGUUGGCUUAACUUUAUGCUACGAGUCUUAUUUGUCAUCCACAUCCUGUCCAUGGCCGGUCUUAUUAUAUACAGCUUCAUCAUCCAACCAAACAUUGUCGAGGGCACGAUUUCCUAUGAUGCCAUUGCCGCCACUUUGGUCUGCAUGGCCUCGUUCUUCUUAUGCCUUGCAUCGCACCGACAACCCAAGCACACCCAAAACCGAUCUAAGUACGUAAAAAAUAACCUCGCCCUCUUCAAAUGGAUCGAAACCCUAGUUCACAUCGGUAUAGCCAUCAUCAUAUUAGGCUUACUGGUGCUUUUCCUUCUUCAUUGCCAAGCCGCUCCAGUUGGCCAAGGGGUUUCGAGUAAACUAGGUAUAGGAAGCUAA